GACAAUGGCUGUAAAUCCACAAGCUUUCGAGCAGUUCACUCUGAAACAAAUUCGCAUCACUAAGAAUGAGUUUGGACAUGGUUCCUACGCUGUUGUCAUGGAGCUAGAGUAUCGAGGACUGAAAUGUGCCGGCAAGAAGCUUCACAGAGCUCUGUAUGAAGCUGGAAUCGGGCAUGCAGCACGAAGGUAUCUGGAGGAGUGUCGCCUGCUCAGUCAAACUAGGCACCCCAACAUUGUUCAGUUUCUGGGAGUCUGUUUUGAAGAAGGCUCUCAGUUCCCCAUCCUAGUCAUGGAGUUUCUCCCCACCAACUUGACCAGCUGUCUCGAGCGCUACGGUAUUCUCCCCGAUGAGAUCAACUUCUCCAUCCUCCAUGACGUUUCACUGGGCCUGGUCUACCUCCAUGGUCAAACACCAGUCAUUGUGCACAGAGACCUCUCAGCCAACAAUGUCCUCUUGUCCACCAACAUGACGGCCAAGAUAUCCGAUCUGGGGGUUGCUCGAAUAUUGAACUUGACCCCCCUUCAAGUGAGUCGAAUGACGGAGACCCCUGGUACCCCAGCGUACAUGCCCCCCGAAGUGAUGGUUGCCAACCCCCACUAUGACACCAGUGUGGAUGUGUUCUCCUUUGGGAUCAUGAUGAUUCACACCUUCACAGCAGAGUGGCCACUACCAAGUAUCGGCCAGACACGAAUCGAUCCUGCUAAUCCCAAUGGUUUGAUACCAGUGACGGAAGCUGAACGACGUGAAGAGUUUCUUCGAAAGAUUCCCUCAGACCACCCUCUGAUGGACCUCAUCAUGCGCUGUCUCAGCAACAACCCUCAGCAAAGGCCUAGAGCAGCGGAGAUAGUGGGUCGGAUGGUGGGUGUGGUACUUGAACACCCUCCCUCCUUUGAGAACAGAGUGGAGAUGCUCCAGCGAGUGAGUGCCCUACUGACAGAGAAGAGGGAGCUUGAGGAAGAGGUUGUAAGGAAGGACUCGGCAAUCCAGGAGAAAGCAGGAGAGAACGAGGCACUGGCGGAGGAUAAAAGACGACAAGAGGAAGAAAGUGAAAACACUGUCGAGCGUAUGCAGUUGGUGCACUCUGUGGAAACUGAUCAACUAGUAACUGAACAUAGUGUAGAGGUAGAGGAUCUCAGAGUUGAAUUGGAGCUCAAAGAAUCAUUGGCUGCCACAAAAGAUGCAUUUAUUCUCUCCAAAGAUGCUAGGAUUACUGAGGUAGAAACUCGAUGUAAGCAACUCACUGAAGAGGUGGAGCAACAAAUUGCCAACGUCAACUACACUCACAACGAGCUUGUAUCUAAAGCUACGAAAAUAGCUCAACUGGAAACAGAUGUCACCAAUCUCACUGCACAAGUGGAACAAGAGCUAGCUCAUUUAGCAGAAAAAAACUCUAUUAUCACCCACAAAGAUUUGACUAUUGCUGACAAAGAUUCGAUGCUUGCCUCCAAGGACACUUACCUUCAAAAAAAUAAAACUACCAUUCAGAGUUUAAACAACCAACUGACCAAAACCAGAGACUACCUGACCAGCAAACCACAGGUGAGCUCAUCAACACUGUACCACUAAGUGCACACAUCUAAAAUAUGAUACCCUCAUAUCUCUUAUUAUAUCACCACCCUAAUAGAAGUACCAAGUCCAAAGCUUACUGUUCCAAUACAGGACGAAGUAUUUUCUUUUUUGCGAUGCCUCGGUAAUUAAAAUUCAAGUUGUUGUGUAUAGUGUGGCUUGUAAUAAAUGGUCAUGUACAAUUACUCGUAGUGUACAUAGCCAUCGUAUUGUAUGCUAAUCACCACUCCAAAUAUAAGUGCCAAUAGUAGGUCUAUUUUUGUGGUUCAAGGUUACCAUAGUAACAAAAAAUAUAUACCUUAUAGUGGGUAAUUUUCAUUGGUUCAUAUGCCUAUUUAAAAUUUUCUUAUUCGUACAGCU